CCUUAAAAGGAGGUGUUCGUAAAUGCUCGUUUAAGCAUCACUCUACAAAUAAACACACUCCCUAAGGCGUAAGAUAAAGUGGAACCUGGAUUUUACUAUAAACUCGAUUUUCCAAUGACAUUCUUUUUUUCCCGCAGGAAAUACAGUGAAAUGGUUAAGAAAUUACCUCGAUUUUACGAUAUCGAAUACAACGAUAUUCUCGUUUUUACGAUACAAAUCUGUUCUCCUGAGCGCAGUGUAAUUUUAACCUCGAUACAACGAUAAUAUUACUGAUUCGGUCUAUCAUCAUAACUACUUACUAACCGAGAGUGAGGUCACGCAGUGGAAAUAUCAAACCUCGGCUUUGGCGUAUCGACCGAGGCUUUGUGAGGUCGAUGCGCCAAAGCCGAGGUUUGAUAUUUCCCGGUAUGACCGAACGGUCGAGGUUUGUAAGUUGUUUAUUAUAUGGCUUUAUAAAAUGAAACUGACAAGAAAACAAAUUAACUUUCGCUUUCGCGCGAAUAUUCGAUUAGUUUAUCGAUCCAUUUCAAAAAGGCGGGAAAACAAGAAACACUCGCGCGCUGCCAAAUCAAAAAUUCAAAUUAGUAAAAAGAUUCAACAACAAGUAAUAGGACGACUUUUGGAAGCUACAGGUUUUAUCAUAGGUGAAGUUGAUCCAAACAAUAACAAAGAAAGCUGAGUUGUCAGUCUUCACGGCAUGAAUGGACUGUUUAGUUCGAAAACUCCACGAGUUUGACUUGAGACAAAUUUUAAUAAAGAAUGUCGCUGCUCGCUUGGGCUUCCUGUGGUAUACAAACAUGGCGGACAAAAACAUCAAGGCCAAGCGAACUGUGGCUAUGCCUGUUGAUGGCAGCCAACGAAGCAAGGAUGCAUUCAUUUGGUUUUGUAAGCAUAUCAUCCAAGAAGGCGACCAUGUGCUGUUGAUACACGUUUGGUUUGUUCCAAGUUUUAAUCAUGACCGUCUUACAUGGCCAGCAAUAAAGGGGCCCUAUGAGGAUUGGAUGUAUGACAAAAGAGUAGCAGAAGAUUCAGUUGAUGAGAUGCUGGAUUGGUAUAUUUCAUGCAACAAAAACGUUUCUAAGAGCAUUAAUAAAAUUCCCCUGAAUCAUGGCGCAGACAAGAAAACCCAAUGUGAGGAGAUCUGUAAAGCAGCCAAGGAACACAGUGCAGACAUGAUGGUUAUGAGUCACAAAGGCGACACUACCAAUGCCGACCCUGGUGUGCUUGGGCUUACUACUGACUACUGCGUGUGCAAUGCUGGUAUUCCUGUCUGUGUGCUGUAUCUACCAUGCAGUUUUGUACCUAUCAGCAGAUGUGAGAAUUAAAAUUGUGCUGUAUCUACCAAGUCAAUGAGAAAAUUAGCAGAGUGUUCUUUGUCACCAAGGAAAUCUGAGAAUUAGUAAGUUGUACUGUGUUUGCCAAGCAAAUGUGAGAAUUGUUAAUUUGUACUGUAACUACUACAGAAAUUUGAGCUGUGUCUACCAAGAAAAUGCCAAAAGUUACUGAAACUAAAAAAAUGAAAAGGGGUGGAUGCGAAAAAUGUGCUUAAUAUAGUUUAGAGUAAUGUUGUCUUUGUAGCCACACCCGUAGAACAUAUUUUGCUUUGCUCUGGACCUAUAAGGGAUACAAAAUAAGGUCAUUCUUUUUUUUGGGGGGGGGGGGGAUUUAGCGAUGCCAAAUAAGGUCAUUCCUUUGAUGAGCGAAUUUCGGGAUACCAAAUAAGGUCAUUCCUUUGGGGAGCAAAUGUAGGGAUGCCAAAUAAGGUAAUUCCUUUGGGGAGCAAAUUUAGGGAUGCCAAAUAAGUUCAUUUCUUUGGGGAGCAAAUUUAGGGAUACCAAAUAAUGUCAUUCCUUUUGGGAGUAAAUUUAGGGAUGCCAAAUAAGGUCAUUCCUUUGGGGAGCAAAUUUAGAGAUAACAUAUAAGGUCAUUCCUUUUGGGAGCAAAUUUAGGGAUGCCAAAUAAGGUCAUUCCUUUGGGGAGCAAAUUUAGGGAUGCCAAAUAAAGUCAUUCCUUUAAGGAGGGGAAUUCAGGGAUACCAAAUAAGGUCAUUCUGUAAAAAAAUUCCAAAUGGCUUGGUAUAACUUACAGUUAUCAAUUUUAUUCUUUCUUCUCGCUAAACCGCAAAGAAGCAACUGAAAGACCAUAAUACCAUACAAUAUUCCAGAUUGAGAAUAUAUAAUCAAUAGUUGGAGUAACAGUUUUUUUAAGAAAAAGUGUAAAUUGUAUAACACAUCUGGAAAAAGAUAUGUAAAGUGGAAUUAAUUAGUUAAUUAAUAAUUCCAGAUAUAUGAUUUGAUGUUUUCUCGUAAUAUAUUAAAACCAAAGCCCUGUCUUUCAUAAUUUAUCUAUUUUCGCGUACUGAGGUAAUUGCCAUAGGAAACUUGAAAAAAAAGAAGAAAAUUGUUUUUGUUGGAGAUGGUCGAAAUGGGUGGAUAUAUUAAAAACAAUGCCCUGUCUUUCAUAAUAAAUUUACUUCCGCGUACUAAGGUAAUUGCCAUAGGAAACUCGAGAAAAAAAAAGAAAAUUGUUUUAUUGUUUAAGAAGGUCGAAAUGGGUAUAUAUAUUAAAAACAAUGCCCUGUCUUUCAUAAUAAAUAUACUUCCGCGUACUGAGGUAGUUGCCAUAGGAAACUCAAGAAAAAGGAAGAAAAUUGUUUUAUAGUUUGAGAUGGUCGAAAUGGCUAGAAUACUGAGGGGGCUAAAAA